UUCCAACAAACCGAUUUCUCAUUGGCUGAGGUCCGACGCGGGCUCUUAAAUGUCAGCGGGCACCGGAGGCGUGCUGCUGACUACCCCUCGCGCCCGGGUUCCCCUGGCACGCGACCGAACGACGCGACCCGACGACACCUGUCGGCGCUUUUAACCCGUCGGCAUGUCCGCGACCGAUUUCUCCCCGGCGCUCGACAUCCUGCGGUCCCUGUACCGGAACACACGGACGCUGGAGGAGUUCGCGAACGGCGUCGCGUUCCGGGACGGCCGGAGACCGGUGGUGGUGGAGCAGCGCGACAGCGGCCGCUUCCAAACCUUCGUCCGCGGAAUUUACGUGUGCUUCGACAAGGAACUUGAGCAGGUGCCGAGCUGCGACCAGAUCUGCACUCUCCCCGAGCUGCUGGCCUUCGUUCUUAACAGUCUGAAAAGGAAGAAGAAAAGAAACAUCUUGGCCAACGGCUACAGUUUUCUGUCCUUGGCUCAGGAGGAGCGGGAUGCCGACCCGUUUAAACUCCAGGGAGAUGUAACUCAAAGCGCUGCCUACAUCCACGGCAGUGACAUGUGGAAGAAGGUCGCCAUGCGCCUCGGCACGGACCUCAUGCGGUACCUGCUGGACAGCUGCUGCGUGUUCGUGGCAGUUCCUCCUUCGUGUGUUUUCCAGUUGUGCGGCCCUCCCGUCUAUGACAAGGUGUCCAUGAGUACUGCCUCCACUGGGUUCUUUCUACAGCCGCGGUCCAGGACCCGUAAAGGUGCUCGGUUUGGAAGGAAUCGAGGUGCGGCGUCCUCAAAAAGGAAACCGGCAGUUGGGACUCCCACUAUCGGCAGUGUAAGUGAUCAGAGAGACGUAAGAAUGAAGAAGGGAAAGAGAAGGAGAGACACUGACAUAAAGGAUGAUGAGGUUAUGACUCGCUCAAGAAAGAGGAGACGGGUGGGACAGCAUGAGCCCACACGGGAAAUGCAACAAGUUGGCUGUGAAACCGUGGAGGAGGUGCAGCCCACGUCUGUGGACGCAACACCAUCUAUGGGGCUUUUGGAAAAUGGCCCCACGGGUUCCAAACACUCCGUCAAAAUGCAAACGACUGCAAUCCCCUCGGAGGGAGGACCCAGUUGGAGGUCGGGGGCUUUCCCCCCUCUGCCUCCCUCGCAAUGUUUCAUCCGCACACUGGGAUUCCUGUACGGGGGAAGGGGCAUGCGGGGCUUCCUCCUCAACAAGAAGAAGAAGAGUCCCGGUGGAGGCAGGAGGCUACAAGGCCAAGAUCUGGUGCGAGUUGUCUUCUUUGAGGGGCUGGCGUAUCUAAACGGAGCGGAGAGGAAGCCCAAGAAACUCCCUCGGCGCUUUUUAAACAUGGUGCCCGCGUUCGGUCGCCUGCUGCGUCUGCACAGGAGAUGUCCCUACAGCAGAACGUUGCAGAAGAUGUGCCCGGUGGCCGAGGGCAGUGACGCCUCGCCGGGGGAGAUAAGCUCCCUCUUGCCUCAACACUGUGCUCCUCACAGGGUCUACCUGUUUGUCAGGGAAUGCCUCUCUGCCGUGGUGCCCAGGGAGCUGUGGGGCUCCGACCACAACAGACUUCAGUUCUUUUUCAGGGUCAGGAGCUUCCUGUCCAGUGGCAAGUUUGAGCGUCUGUCACUGGCAGAACUCAUGUGGAAGAUGAAGGUGAACGACUGUGAUUGGCUGAAGCUCAAGAAAACUGGCAGGUUCCCGCCCAGUGAGCUGUCUUACCGGACGCAGAUCCUGGGCCAGUUCUUGGCUUGGCUCCUGGACGGGUACGUGGUGGCCCUGGUCCGAGCCUGCUUCUAUGUCACUGAGAGCAUGAGCCAGAAGAACGCCGUCAGGUUCUACAGACAGGAAGUCUGGGCUAAGCUGCAGGACUUGGCCUUCAGAGGUCACAUCUCCAAGGGUCAGAUGGAGGAGUUGACCCAAGCUCAGGUGGCAGCUCUCCCCAAAACCACCGUCGUCUCCCGCCUUCGCUUCAUCCCCAAGACCGACAGCAUGAGGCCCAUAACACGAGUCCUAGGAGCGGACGCCAAAACCAGGCUCUAUCGAGGGCGUGUCCGGGACUUGCUGGACAUCCUGCGGGCCUGUGUGCGAUCCACCCCUUCCCUGCUGGGCUCCACAGUGUGGGGCAUGACCGAUAUCCACAGGGUGCUGGGCCCCCUAGCUACGCCCCAGAAGCACCAGCACCAGCCCCUCUACUUUGUUAAGGUGGAUGUGAGUGGAGCCUAUGAAAGUUUGCCUCAUGACAAACUCAUUGAAGUGAUUGAACAGGCCCUGAAACCUGUUCAGAAAGAAUUCUUUAUCGUCCGUUGCUAUGCAAAGAUCUGGGCCGAUUCCCACGAGGGCCUGAAAAAGGCUUUUGUUAGACAGGCAGAUUUCCUGAAGGAUAGCGUAGGGUCCAUCAACAUGAAAGGCUUUGUGAUGACCCAGCAGAAAAAAGGAAAGGUUCACCAUGCCGUCCUCGUGGAGCAGUAUUUCAGCCCGGACCUUCAUGGCAGUGAGGCGUUGCAGUUCUUCACCCAAAUGCUAAAUGGCAGUGUGGUUCAGUUCGGCAAGAAAAUGUUCCGUCAGAGCCGAGGGAUUCCUCAGGGAUCGGUCGUGUCCAGCCUGCUCUGCUGCCUCUGCUACGGUCACAUGGAGAACGUCCUGUUCAAAGACAUUACCGAAAAGAGAGGAUGUUUGAUGAGACUGAUGGAUGACUUCCUUCUGAUCACGCCCAACUUACACAACGCACAAACCUUUCUCAGCGUCCUGCUGGCCGGCGUGCCCGAGUACGGCCUGGUGGUCAACCCGCAGAAGGUGGCGGUCAACUUCCCGGUGACGGGAGACGCGGUUUCGUGUCCGGGCAUCCGUGUGCUGCCCCCCCACUGCCUCUUCCCCUGGUGUGGACUGCUGCUGGACACGCGGUCCCUGGACGUCUCCAAAGACUAUUCCAGCUACGCCGGCCUGUCGCUGCGCUACAGCCUCACUUUGAGCUCGUGCCACUCAGCAGGCCAGCAGAUGAGGAGGAAGCUGAUGGCCAUCCUCAGACUCAAGUGUCACGCCUUGUUCCUGGACCUGAAGACCAAUUCUCUUGAGGCUGUGUACAAAAACAUCUACAAGCUGGUGCUGCUUCAUGCAUGCAGGUUCCAUGUGUGUGCACAGAGUUUACCUUACGGUCAGACUGUUGCCAAGAACCCCGUCUACUUCCUGCAGAUGAUAUUAGAUUUGGCCGAUUAUGGCAAUCAGCUCAUCAGGCUCAGCAACAAAGGAAUGAUUCUUGGCAGUAGGACGCAGAGGGGCGUUGUGCAGUACGAGGCCGUGGAGCUGCUCUUCUGUUUCUCUUUCCUGUUGGUGCUGUCGCCACACCGGCCGCUCUACAAGGCUCUGCUCCCACACCUGCACAAACGGAAGCGCGGCCUGGAGCGGCGUCUGGGGGACGUGAGACUGGCCCGAGUCCGACAGGCCACCAACCCCAGGACCCCGGGGGACUUCCUGGUCAUCCAGAAGUAGAGUCGCAGGAAGCCCCAAUCACCGCACCCACCAGGACGCUUAAAAGUUGGACACCUGUGAUUUGGAGUCAUCUGACCUUCAGUGUGCCCCGAAAGAGGAUUCUGUCACAAAGUGUUGAGGAGGAGCUUUUAGAGAAAGACGAACGGUCCUCGGUCAUAAAACCCUGAAGUGAUAAGACCUCCGUCAUAAACAAUACACGCGUAGAAUGCUGCACUAGACCUGGUCCCAAAGCUGUUUGUGUCUUUGGACUUUGACUUUGUGGUCGUUUUUUGUAUUUAAAUAAGCCGUCAUGUUCAUAGUUCAGGUCAGAACACGCUGCCGCCAUUUGUAUCAUGUAGAGUGCACAACAAUGUACGAAGGAAAGUCUGUUUAAUAAAUCCACAGUUCCAGCUCA